AUGUUAGGACUCGAAGAAAUUUCACCGUACACUUGUUCAUACUGUCUUUUGAUAUGUGGUACAGGGGACGAAAUGACAAGGGUUUUCUGGAAAUCCAUUAAGAACAAGCUUAUUUUGCCAUCUGUGGAAUUAGACAUCAAAUACUUUGACCUUGGUCUUCCUCAUCGGGAUGCCACUGAUGACCAGGUUACUGUUGAAAGUGCUGAGGCUACUCUCAAGUACUAUGUAGCGAUCAAGUGUGCAACUAUUACUCCAGAUGGAGCUCGUAUGAAGGAGUUUAACUUGAAGAGUAUGUGGAGGAGUCCCAAUGGGACUAUUAGGAAUAUUUUGGAUGGUACUGUUUUCAGAGAACCAAUUAUUUGCAAAAACAUCCCUCGCCUUGUCCCAGGCUGGACAAAGCCGAUAUGCAUUAGAAGACAUGCUUUUGGUGAUCAGUAUCGAGCAACUGAUGCAGUCAUUAAAGGACCUGGGAAACUGAAAUUGGUGUUUGCACCAGAAGGAAAGGAUGAGAAGACAGAGCUAGAGGUUUACAAUUUUACAGCGGAGGGGGGAGUUGCAUUGGCCAUGUACAACACUGAUGAGUCCAUCCGUGCUUUUACAGGGGCUUCCAUGACCACAGCUUAUGAGAAAAAGUGGCCUCUUUAUCUUAGCACAAAAAAUACUAUUCUGAAGAAGUAUGACGGAAGAUUCAAGGACAUAUUUCAAGAAGUUUAUGAAGCUAACUGGAAAUCAAAGUUUGAAGCUGCUGGAAUAUGGUAAGGAGUCAGGAUUGAAAAAGCCUGGCGAUUUUGUUUGAUAGUAAUGGAUCCUGAGGUCAAAUGGUGUUGUUUUAUUGAC